CCCAUUUGCAGCGAGAAGGCACGGGUCUGGGUCCUAGAGCGGGUUGAUGCGCAGACCCUUCCCCUUAGGAACAGCGCCGUUUUGCUGCAUGCUUAAAACCUCAAGCAAAUGAAUGGCAUUUUACCAUUUCUCCAAGCUGCAGACCAAAUACCCAAUUGUUAGGGUUUUGGCGCAGCAACCUUCAUUUACCCAGGGCCAUUCAAUCGUCAGUUCACCAUCAAAAUUGGUGAGUGACUCAAAAGCCUCUUUGUUCCCAUCAGAAUCGACGCUUAAAAAACCUUUUCCUUUCGCAUCUCUAACCCUGACUUCGAUGGAGAAGACGAGGAUUUCAUUGAUGCGUCCGCGAAGGUACGGGGUGGUGUUUGUGUGUGUACGAGAGCGUGGGCGUGGCGCCAGGAUGCUGGGGCGUAGGAGGCAUGGAGCUGCUAUCCGAUUGCUAUUGCGACGCAGGAGAAAGGGGGUGAUUUAGGAUUUGUCUUGGCUUAACAUUCUAGGCCUAUUGGGCCUUGUGAAUUUGGGUUUGUAAUAUUUUGGGUUUAAAAUUGGGUUAUGGGUUAUGUAACUUGGACUGAUGGGCUUUUAUUGGAUUGUUAAUGUAUUUUUUGUUUAUUAUUUUUUGGUUUUGUAUUUAUAUGGGUCCGGGCUAAAUUGGCCCAUUACAUGUAUUAUUUGUAAUUUAUACAUGUAUCUGUAAUUAUAUUAGAAAACUCUUUAAGAAUAAUUCUUUUAGUAAA